CACUGUCAGUCUAAACUCUAUCAGACAAGGGUCCCAAACCUGGGUCACAAGAAUGGACAUUUUAGGAACCGCAGUCUUGACUUUUGGAAUAGUUUGAAGAACUACUUACUGUAGGAGUAUCAGCCUGUUGCAGCACCCCCUUGUGUAUUUUUUUUUUAGUUUCACCUCAGUCCCCGUCCCUCUCCUUCACUCCUCUCCUGCAUACCCUACUCCCUCUCGUUCUCUCUCCCUCUCCCUCUCCCCUCUUCUCUUUCUUAUUUUUCGUGGCUGCUCCUGGACUGAUUUAUUUGGUGUGCUGCAGCAGAGCUACUGGGAAAGCACCAGGCUAUAUUUGUCGGCUGCUGAGGUUGGACCUGCUUCAUGGUGGAUGACUUUGGAUCUCUUGUUGGGUUUACCUGCGCACACCUGCACCCCCUGCCUCCUCAGCACCUGCUUUGCUCUGAAUAAGGAACUAGUGAGGCCAUUUGUUUGGUGGUUUCAUAUCCCUGAACUCUACUGUAAGGAUAAAUGGACUUCACCUGUGAAGCAUUUCUCUCAGUCCUGCAAUAUUGGAGCUAAAGCAUUGAUUUGGAUCUAAAGCUCCGGCCAAACUUUGUAACUCAGCCUCGUUUCCAACAGAAACCUUAAGUUUUCAGAGUGACUUCUCCUUUGGUGACAAGACCACCUUGGUCAAGAGUGUUUCAGAUACAGAUGCCAAACUUCUGGCUGCCCUUCCCAAGGUUUCAGAGUUGAAGAAAUACUUUGAGGGAUCUGUCACAAAGGAUUUGGGGAUGAACAGGAAGGAGAGGAUAGCCCGGCGUCUGGAGGGGAUUGAAAGCGAUGUUCCUCCUGCUCUGGUGCCUGGUGGUUUGGUAGCCAACAGAAUGCUAGAGGAGGAUCCACCGCGGUACACCCGCGCCUCAGACCCCUGUGAGCCUUGUGUGAUGGUGAGGCGCUACAGUCGAGAGGAUUUGGAGGCACCCCAGAAGCAGGUGUCAUCUCCAGACAGAUCACCUCAGCUCAAAGGUGGAGUUGGCAGCAGCCGCCCAGACCCAGUGUUGGUGUAUGUUGACCCAGUAACGCUAUCCAACCCCUCUACACCGUCAUCUGGCCCCCCAGACCCCACCAGCCUCAGUUCCAAGGCUGAACGCAUUGCCCGCUACAAAGCAGAGCGCCGCCGCCAGCUGUCAGAGCGGUAUGGCAUCCUCCUUGAUCAGGAGGCGGACAUAGAUUACACACCGCGCUACCGGUCCCGCCGAGACCCUGAAACCUCCGGUCGGCAGACAACUGCCAGGCGAGACAAAGACAGACAGGAAGUAGAGGAACCAGGACGGGAGCCCAAGGUGCCAUACCGCUCUGGAGUGGGCAGGGUUUACAUGAGGACUCACCCAGAUCCUGCACCUGUUAACACAUCAAGCCCUGCCCACACAAACCAAGUUCCUCCCCCUGCACAUGAAAUGCCGAGCAGAUUUUCGGAGCGGGAAAGAGUGAUGAACAUGGAGAACUACCGGCGUGGAGGGACUCAAGAGCGCUCGGCUACUUCAAGACCCAGAACCCAGGAGCAGCAUCAGCCCCAGCCCCAGCAACAACAAAGCCCCCAACACCACCAAGACGCCACCCACCAGGAGCCAAGCCCCGCCUCCACCAGGGACUACAGCAUCGCAGCAGUGCCCAACUCUCCUCGCACCGCACGCCGGGCCUCCCUGCCCUCCACUCGCUACGGCAUCUCACCUGGGGAUUUAUUCAUAGAGCAGCAGGCCCAGAGCAUCCUCAACAGACAGGGAAUCCGUGUAAGGGAACGAUUGUCAAGAGAUGAAACUGUCCAGAGACCCCCUGACUGGAGUCCAGACAGGCACCAGGCUCACAGACAUCGUACUCAGGGGAACACUGUUCAGUAUACACCACAGCACUCAGAACCCACCCAACAAAGGACUGUUCACCAGCCUCAGCCCAGCCCAGGCCAACAUCCUGCCCACGGACAAACAGCAUACCCUUCCUCUGCCCCUGAGUACCAACACUCUGGCCCUACAAUGGACUCUCAGCCAUAUUUGGCCAUGCCUGCCCCAGUGGCCACUGCCAAACUUCCUGGACCUCCAGAGGUACAACCACGAAGGAGAGUGAGUUCUGACCAAAUCUAUGCCGCCCACAAGGAGGCAAGAUUAGAGGCCAGACAGGCCGUGAAGGAAGAGGCCCAUACAGAGGGUCUGCUAAAGAGCAGGAAAGCUGUGUUACCCUCAGAGAUCCGCCGAAGGGAAAGAAGUGUGGAUGAUAUUCAUAGGGGCCGGCAUGAAGAUAUGGACUGGCAAAACUACAGCCCAGAACAGAGGAGGAUGAGUCGAGGCGAAGAAGACUGGGAUUGGGAGAGACCGAGGGAGAGGGGUAGGGAGAGGGGAAGGGAGAGAAAUGUUGAGAGGAUCAGAGAAAGGGGAAGAGAGCAUCUCUCCAGCCAUGACAGCCAAGAGGAGAUGGUAUUUAGAUCUAUGCAGUCUUCCCACUCGUCUGUACGCCAGCAGCACAGGCAGCAUCAAUCCUCAGAGCCUGUGUACCAUCAAGAGCCCCAAAUUCAGCAUCAAGAGCCCCCAACGCAACAGCAGUAUGAACCCAGAAGGAGACAACAUAGUGCUCAAAUUCAGCAGCAAGAUUCUCAAAGGCAGCAUCAAUAUGAACACUCGAGACAGCCACAAGAGCCUCAAAGGCAACAACACCCUCAAAGACAGCAGGAGUCUGAGCUCCAAAGACAAGAGCCUCCAAGUCAGCAUCAAGACUUCCAGAGAAAACAAGAUCCCCAACUAGAAGAAGAGUCUGAGCCUCAGAGGCGGCAGCAGCAGGAUUUAUCAGCGCACCAGAGGUUUGACUCGGCCGUCUACCUCCAGAAGGGCGCCUAUUUGCCACAGGCCAAACACAGAGGCCUGGAGAUGAGUGGAGGGCCCAAACCCAAAACACGAACCCGCUCCAUGUCAGAUAUAGGUCUAAGCCAGCAUUCUGCCAUCUAUCGUAUGGAGAGGGCAGCAGCCAGCAGAGAGAAAUCCAGGGUCGUUCCGGCUUCAGUGAUGGCUAACGGCGAGAUGGGCACCCUGGACACCAGGGUGUCAGUAGCACAGCUGCGACACUCUUAUCUGGAGAAUGCCAACCGGAAACCUGAGUUUGAGACUACUAAAGUAGAUCUCUCAGCAAUGGAGGUAGAUCCAGCUAGCGCCAGUGAUCGAGACAGGGGUGCUCGGAGGCCUCGACGCUACAUCACUCCAGGAGAAAGUCGCAUGUCGGAGAGGUUUAGGACCCAGCCCAUCACCUCCGCAGAGCGUUUGGAGUCCGAUAGGUCACGUUUAAGCCCAUCACAGCUGCAGGAUGUCGAAGUAGAUGAAGAGAAGCUUGAUGACAGAGCUAAGAUGAGUGUGGCUGCCAAGAGGUCGCUCUUCAGGGAGCUGGAGAGGACUUCAGAGGGAGGUGUUCCCAAACCACGCUCUCGAAAUGCUGCCGUAGAAAGACGUCUGAGAAGAGUUCAGGACCGAUCACACACACAACCCGUCACCAACAAGGAGGUGGUCAAUGCUUCAAGUGAUCCUGCCACAUCGUCACAACCUGUGGGCAUUCACAGUACUUAUGUCCCCAACCCCACUGUAGUCAACACCAGUGUGACUAGCAUCAGUAUUCAGGCCUCCUCCCAGCCGGGCUCAGCAGUGCAGGAGCAGGAGACCAAGGAACACCAGAAACCAGCUCAAGCUCCCAGUGCUGGGGUGGAAGGAGAUGGCCUGGAACAUGUCCUAGACGAGCCCGACCUGUCCACCCUCAGCUUGGCUGAGAAGAUGGCUCUCUUCAACCGCCUCGCUCAUCCUACAGGAAAGACCACUGAAGGCACCCGAGGGGACACCCGCCAGCGCAGGGCCAAUGCCCGUUUUCAGACCCAGCCCAUCACUCAAGGAGAGGUGGAGCAGGAAGCUGAACCACCCGUAACCUGUGCAGCGCCGAACCACAACUUAGAGGCCAAUCAGGGAGAACAUCUGAGAAACGGAGGCGAGAUCAAACUGGAGCCCUUGUCAGCAUCCCUGGUUAGAUCUGUGGCAGCAGUCACCUCCCAAGCGUCUGUCACCAAGGUAACCAUGACACCAGGCAGCAGCGGUGUUGGCGAUGAUGACGAUCUCCAUCCAGGGAAGUCCACCGCCAUCCCCUACAUCCCUGCCCAACAACAGGCUUCCAGCACCGCAAGCAGCCACCAGGAGAGGGCGCUGAGGUAUUUCUCCAUGACCCAGAGCGGAGACCCAGGCCACCCUGAGCCUGAGCUCAACUCCUCCCCUCUCCUCUCUGAGAGCCGAGGGAGAGCGGGGGCUCCUCCUGCUCCCACCUCCUCCACUGGUCGCAGACAGCAGGGGGAGGCCGUGGAGGAGGGCUGGAGAGAGCAGCAGCAGGAGGAGGAGGUUAGGGGGAGACAGCAGGGAGGAGCCACAGAAGAGAGCCAAGGCGGCAGCAUUAAGGGGAAGCCGCACUCCCCCGACAGGGACAGGGACGGCCGGCAGCAGCAUCCCCAGCCUCAGCACUCUGCUGAGCCAUCUUUGUGGAGGGGCGAGUCAGAGCCCCUGCCCAGCUGGAGAGCUGCAGACAGAGAUUCCCAGGAGAGCAGAGGGAGAGCAGAGGGAGGAGGAAGAGGAAGAGGAGGCUACCUGAAAGAGGCUGCAGCAGCUCACAGCUCAUCCACACAGGAGAAGGAGAGGAGCAGCGGCCGGAACCAAGCAGGCAUCUCAGAGUUGCUGGAUCAUCCUGCUCCACUGAGGCCACUAAUCGCUAAAGUGUCAUCCAGGACAGUGUCUCACGUGUCAAGCAGCCAGCAGCAAACCGUCAUCCAGCCUCCUCAAACUCUUCCUAAACCAUCAUCCUUCAUCACGCCCCAGCCGUUCUCACAGCCCUCCCAGCCCCCACCCACAUGUCCGAAACCUUUCACCCAGUCCCCUCAAACCCAGCCCAAACCUCAGGGAUUCGUCCAGCCUCUUCCUAAGCCUUACCCACAGACAGCCCCCCAGCCUCAGCCCAAACCUCAGGUGCCUCCACAGACACCACCCAAACCCCAGUCCUUCCCCCAGGCCCUGGUCAAGUCCCAGUCCCUGCCCCUGGACCACAGCGAGGACUUCAGCAGGGACAGUGUCCAUUCUGGAGAUCUGCUGUCCCCCACAGAGUCUGGAGACCAACUGUCUGACGGCAUGUCCAGCAAACAGAUGUCUAUCAAGGAGAGAGUGGCACUGCUGAAGAAGAGUGGUGAGGAGGACUGGAGGAACAGGAUCAACAAGAAACAGGAAGUGGUUACUGAGCAGCAGGCUCAGCUAUGGGAGACAGAGCAGACCUGCCAUAAGAAGGAGGAAGGGGUGGUCGUUCAAGACUACUCUGCUGUGUCUGUGUCUGAACAGCUGUGGGAACCUGUCUUCUCUUCCACCUUUUCUCCUCCUAUCUCACUUGGCCAAAAGUGUCAGUAUAUUGACCAUCCCAGCCAGAAGAUGGGAGAGGAGAUUGAGGCUCAGAUGACUCAGAUGACCAUUGAGGAGAGGAAACAGAUGAUUUCGACUCGUGAGGAUGCCUGGAAGACAAAGGGCAGAGGAGCAGCUAAUGACUCGACCCAGUACACAGUGGCUGCACGUAUGGUCAAGAAAGGCCUGGCAGCCUCCUCCUCAGUUAUCAGUCCCAUCCUGUCACCAGUCUCCACCAAACUCAAGAGCAGCACGCCCGCUGUCAGCAAACCACAAGAGGAAAUUGAGGCUCGGCCGGACAUGGAAUCAGAUAAGAAGCUGGACAAGUUGGAGAGCUUCUUGGGACGUCUGAAUAGCAAAGUGGCAGGUCUGCAGGAAACCACCUUAACAGUGACUGAGAAGGCAGUGAAGGAAGUGAUGAAGCUGGAUGACGAAAUCUUCUCCAAGUUUUACCGACGCGUUGCUGAAUUUCCACGCAUGCCCACCAGGAUCGAGAUCAGUGAGGACUUCGACACCAUCUUCGGCUCUCAGGGUCCCAAGUUAACUUCAGCCAUGGUGCAGCACAAGCGCUCGGUGCGUCCGUCCAGGAACGUCCAGUCGUCCAGAAACCCUCUGAAGAUGCUGGCUGCGAGAAAGGACAUCAGACACGAGUACAUAGAGCAGAGACUUAAUGUGGCACAGCUGGAGAGCAAGAGGAUGAAGGCUGAGAAGAUGACUAAAACCUCAGAGUACUCUGAGGCUGCUCUGGCUGGCCUGGCCAGUAAAGAAAACUUCAGCAGCGUGAGUCUGCGCAGCGUCAACAUCGCAGAGCAGACGUCCAACAACAGCGCCGUGCCGUAUAAGAAUCUCAUGCUGAUGCAGAUCAAAGGUCGCCGUCACGUUCAGACCAGAUUAGUGGAACCCAGAGCGUCCUCACUCAACAGUGGAGACUGUUUCCUGUUGGUCACUCAAGAGCACUGCUUCGUCUGGAUGGGAGAGUUCUCAAAUGUGAUCGAGAAGGCCAAGGCCAUAGAUCUGGCCACCUACAUCCAGACGAAGAAGGACAUGGGCUGCAGGGCAAACCAGGUGCAGACCAUCGAGGAAGGGGUUAACCCACAGGGCGCAGACAUCCAGCAGUUCUGGACGAUCCUAGGAGGACAGACGGCUUACCAACCUGCUGGUCCACCAGAGGACGAUGAGCAGUUUGAGAAUGCCAUCGUGGAAACCAACUGUAUCUUCAGACUGGUGGAUGACAAACUGGUUCCUGAUGAUGAUGAGUGGGGGAAGGUCCCUCACAACUCUCUGCUGGCGUCCAAAGAGGUGUUGGUGUUUGACUUCGGCAGUGAGGUGUACGUGUGGCACGGUAAGGAGGUGACUCUGGCCCAGAGGAAGGUGGCCUUCCAGCUCGCCAAACACCUCUGGAACGGGACGUUUGACUACACCUGCUGUGACAUUAACCCACUGGACCCUGGAGGCUGCAACACACUCAUCCCCAGGAAGGGCCAGGGCCGUCCCGAUUGGGCGAUAUUUGGCAGGCUGACAGAGCACAACGAGACCAUCUUGUUCAAGGAGAAGUUCGUGGACUGGAUCGAAGCAAAGCCGCUGACACCAAAGGAAGGCGGCGAGCUCGUACCUGAGCAGAAGGAGGCCCCGGGGCGCGAGUGCCGGCCGUACGACGCCGCCCUGAUGCUACCUGUCCUCCAGUCGUCCGUUGCCACCAUCUUGGACGGCGUAAACGUGGGUCGCGGUUAUGGCCCGGUGGAGACAGAGGACCACAUGAGGACUCAGGAGAUCAGCACAGUGUCAGCCGACGUCUGGCACAUCCUGGAGUUCGACUACAGCCGCCUCCCACGGCAGAGCAUCGGCCAGUUCCACGAGGGAGACGCCUACGUGGUGAAGUGGAAGUACAUGGUCAGCACCUCAGUUGGUCGUAGGCAGAACCCCGAGGCGAGGAGCACCGGACCGGGGAAGGAGAAAUGCUGCUAUUUCUUCUGGCAGGGUCGACACUCCACCGUCAGCGAGAAAGGAACGUCGGCGCUGAUGACGGUGGAGCUGGACGAGGAGAGAGGGGCACAGGUUCAGGUGCAGCAGGGGAAGGAGCCUCCAUGUUUCCUACAGUGUUUCAACGGAGGGAUGAUCGUCCACGCUGGCAAAAGGGAGGAGGAGGAGGAGAACACUCAGAGUGAGUGGCGUCUGUACUGCGUGCGAGGUGAGGUGCCGGUGGAGGGCCACCUGCUGGAGGUGGCGUGCCACUGCAGCAGCCUGCGCUCCAGAGCCUCCAUGAUCCUGCUCAACAUCAACAAGGCCAUCAUCUACCUGUGGCACGGCUGCAAGACGCAGCUACACACUCGCAGCGUGGGAAACACGGCUGCACUCAAGAUCAAAGAACAGUGUCCUCUGGAAGCAGGUCUCCACAGCAGCAGUAAGGUGACCAUCCAUGAGUGUGAUGAGGGGGUGGAGCCUCCGGGCUUCUGGGAGGCUCUGGGCAGAAAGGACAGGAAGGCUUACGACUGCAUGCUGCAAGAUCCCGGUAAAUUCAACUUCACCCCGCGGCUCUUCCAGCUGAGCAGCACAUCUGGAGAAUUUGUGGCGACCGAGUUCUUCCACCUGUCCAGAGCUCCAGACCUGGUCAGCUCGCUGCCGUUCCUGCAGGAGGAUUUGUACAACGUAGCGCAACCCGCGCUGUUCCUGGUGGAUAACUUCCAUGAGGUUUACCUGUGGCAGGGCUGGUGGCCUCAGGACAGUGAAAGCACCGGCUCAGCUCGUAUCCGCUGGGAUUCAGACAGGAAGUGCGCGAUGGAGACUGUGCUGCAGUACUGCAAAGAGAAGAACGAGAAGAAGUCUCAGAAGUCGUAUCUGAUCCACGCUGGUCUGGAGCCGCUCACCUUCACCAACAUGUUUCCCAGCUGGGAGCACAGGGAGGACGUAGCUGAGAUCACAGAGAGGGAGGCCGAGGUGUGUAACCAGAUCAUCCUGGUGGAGGACGUGUUGGCCCGGCUCUGCCAGAACACCUUCCCUCUGGCUCAGCUGCAGGCCCGGCCGCUCCCUGAGGGGGUGGACCCCCUCCGCCUGGAGAUCUACCUGUCUGACCAGGACUUUGAGAAAGCUUUGGACAUGAAGAGAGAGGAAUAUGAACGUCUGCCAGGGUGGAAGCAAGUGAAUUUAAAGAAGGCCAAAGGACUGUUUUAAGGAGGUUUUUAAAUGGAAGAUGGUGUGUGUGUGGAAAACAGUUGAGAUGGAGACACAGGAAACGUCACAUGAACUUGUUUUAGUGGAAACAUGUGAGGACACUGGGGAGAGACAGUCACAGUGUCCUGAAGAGGGAACCUGACUCUGAAGAAAACCUACAUGAAUGAUGGGACUGGAGAUGCACUCGCCUUGCUUAUAGUCAUGUUUUACUUCUACUUUGUCAUUACAUAACAAAAUUAAACUCAAGCCGUUUAACUGAAGGUAAAAAAACACCUUGCUUUGGUUCAUACAUGGUGUGUAUUUGGAGUCUCCUCCAAGCACUAAAGUCACCGCUCAUGGACGUGUGAAAGAAAACACUAGGACGCUUGGUGUCAGAGUGCCAUGCUGUGGUUGUGUAUGUGUGUGUGUGUGCGAUUGUAUAUAAAGUGUGUGUAAUGUUUCUUUGUGUAAAUGUGUGUGUAGAUGCGUUUGUGACUUUGUAUCUAUGUAAAAAAAAAAAAAUCCUGUCACGUCAGAUGUUGUGAGGAAAGCCGUCUUCUGUUUUGUCUACAGUGUCUGGAUGCUGUCAGGCCACGUAGGUAACUCAUGUUGCUCCACUGUGUUGAACUGCUGACGUGACUCUGACUGACUGAGCUCCUCGUAGCAGAGAGAAGAGCUGUAAUUUAAAGGUUCCACUAUGAAGAGAGGAGAAGCAGCAGCUUCAAUCUGAAUGUAUAGUGCCUUGCUUUUUGUGUACAGUUUAUAUACAGAAAUUCUAGUCUGCAUUUUUAAAGACUUUCUUUGUGAUAUAAGACAUAGUGAAUUAAAUCACAAUAAUGCUCCAAUCAAA